UGCUAACUUCAGAACAGAAAAGACCGAACCAGAGAACAGUAAUACAUACAUUGCUGCAGAGCCCAAGGCAGAAAGAAAAUUACAAUAAAAAUCCAAUAAUCAGACAAAUGGAUCCCAGCCAGUCUUUCAGUCACACCCGGCCAUAUCCAGGACAGUCCGUCGUCGGUGUGCAGCCUGCAGUUUUUGUGACCCCCAAUCCACCGGCCAGUCUAGUGCCAGAUCACUUGGGCUACUCCAUCUUUACCAUGCUGUGCUGCUGUUUACCUCUGGGCAUUGCUGCACUGGUUUACUCCUGCUCUACUCGAGAUGCCAUCUACUCAGGACAGCAAGAAUUAGCAAAGAAGAACUCCAGAACAGCGCUCAUGCUGAAUCACAUCGGCCUUGGGAUUGGCAUUGUUAUUAUUGUAUUGGUUAUUAUCAACCAUAUGGCGAAAUAAAGAGAAAAGCUGUUAGAGCUGACAUGGCUGGAUGCAGAUUACAAA